AUGCCAAAUUCUUUACCUUCGCCGCUGCCGCCGAAACCGGAAACAUUACGUGAAGCAACGUCUAUAAGCAUGGACAGGAUUACACAAUUACAGCAAUCCAUAGAUAGGAUGGUCUCCAUUUUUCUUACAGUCGUUGAUAAACUAAAUAACACCAACUUGCAAAUUCAGGAUCCGCAAAAGUUUAAAAGUGAGUUGCGGAUGCGAGUGGAAGGCGAACAACAAGAAAUAGUUCAGGAUAUCUGCACGAACGCAAAGCAAAUAGAAUUAUUGAUUGGCGCUCUACCCGGUUUAAACCGUUCCGAGAAGGAUCAGAUCGAAACGUUUAAAAUUUUGGAACGAGAAUUACAAGAGGCGAACGAAGAAUACCAAAGAUCAGUUCAAAACGCAGGUGAGACAAUCAUUUUCGUGUGA